UCAAUUAAUAUUAUCCACUUACGGAGAAAAAAAUUCCAAGUCGUGGCUUCUCUCCACCCUGCUCAAACUCAAAGCCAGCCAUGGAGAAUUGUUGCAGCUUCAUGAAAUUGAACUUAUCAUCUUCCAUAACCAAACCCGCUCUAUUCAAAACCACCAACAUCUUCUUCUCCUCUUUAAAUGAUGAAAAACUACCCUCCACAACUCUCAAAACCCCCCUUUCAGUGUCACCCCACAGACAUAAAACAGCAGCCACUCAAAUCUUUAAAACCAGUUUUAAAGCAAAUAGUAGCAUAGCAAAUGCUGAAGUGCCUGUGGAAGUGGAAGUGGAAGUGGAAGUGGAAGUUGCAGAAGGGUACAGUAUGACCCAAUUUUGUGAUAAGGUAAUUGAUGUGUUUUUGAAUGAGAAGCCUAGAGUUAAGGAAUGGAGAAAGUAUUUGGUGUUUAGGGAAGAGUGGAAUAAGUACAAGGAAAGUUUCUACACUAGGUGCAAAACAAGAGCAGAUAGAGAGACUGAUCCAACUAUGAAGCAAAGGUUAAUUUCACUUGCCUCUAAAGUUAACAAGAUUGAUGAAGAUAUGGAAAAACAUGAUAAACUUCUCAAGGAGAUUCAAGAUAACCCAACUGACCUCAAUGCAAUUGUUGCAAAACGGCGCAAGGAUUUUACUGGGGACUUCUUUCGUUACCUUGCUCUUCUUUCAGAAACUUGUGACAGCUUGGAGGACCGUGAUGGAGUAGCUAGGCUAGUGGCUAAAUGCAUGUCUGCUGUCAGUGCUUUUGAUAAUACAUUGGAGAGUUUGGAGACAUUAGAUGCUGCUCAAGCCAAAUUUGAUGAUAUCCUUAACUCUUCUUCAGUGGAUGCAGCAUGUGAAAAGAUCAAAAGCCUGGCCAAGGCAAAGGAACUUGACUCUUCCUUGAUCCUAUUAAUAAAUAGUGCUUGGGCGGCAGCAAAAGAAUCCACUAGUGUGAAAAAUGGGGUUAAAGAUAUAAUGUAUAGUUUAUACAAAGCCAUGAAGAGCAGUCUUAGGAGCAUUGCCCCAAAAGAAAUAAAGCUCCUCAAGCACUUGCUGAACAUCGCAGAUCCUGAAGAGCGGUUCUCAGCAUUGGCAAUAGCAUUCUCUCCAGGUGAUGACCAUGAAGCCAAGGAUCCUUAUGCUUUAUACACGACUCCCAAGGAGCUGCACAAAUGGAUUAAGAUAAUGCUCGAUGCAUACCAUCUCAAUAAGGAGGACACUGACAUUAAGGAAGCCAAGCAGAUGUCUCAGCCCGUAAUUAUACAAAGGCUGUUCAUUCUAAAAGAAACCAUUGAAGAAGAAUACUUGGAAAAGACAACAUUUCAGACGCGACCAGAAGGGGACACUAAGUCAGAGGACUAGUGAGGGCAAGAUCACAAGAAUUGUGGAAAUGACAAUUCUCGUCGCUGUGUAAAGAUUGAGAAGCGUGAUUGAGACUAUGUAGUUUGGAUUCCUUACAGGGACAAUCGGAAACGAACAAGAAAUAGAGCUUCGAGGUGCUUGUCCAAGGUGGUCAUACCUAUGGAGAUGAAGAGAAUGGCGGGAAGAAAGAAAGAAAGAAAACUUGUAUCAUUUUUUUUUUAACAUGGUAUUAACGGUGUAUUUCUGUCUCCAAAGUUUUAUUGCUAUGUUGAUUGAAAUUGUUGUCGUUAGCUUUUAGAUUUCGUAGAAGUUAGCUGACAUUUUCAGCUAAAGAUCUGUUGUGAUUUUAGGGAUGUUGAGGAUGGUUGUUUUUUUCUUUUUAUGUAAAUGAUACAAAUUGGCUUUUAAACAAGUUA